AAGACAGACUGUCCUUUAGGAGAGUGGCUGUGGGGUGGAUCAGGAGCGCACAACACUUCCCGUCACACCUGGGGCUCUGCAUGUGGCUGGCUGAUGUGAGCCGGGCCUUAUGGCACAUGCCGGAACAUGGGCACUUGGGAUCCUCGCUGGGAGCCUCGGGGGCAGGAGACACUGGCCCAGCUGAAAUUGAUUUGGAGAAGGAAGACAGGACAACAGCCAAUCAAACAGUUCGUCCUCUGGAAAAGGCAGCAGCCAGCAGAACCCGGCGGGAGCCACCCCCCUGUGCCUCCACCUGCCUACCCUGCCUGCCCGAGAGACAGCGGACGAUGGAACCGGGCAGGACUCAGAUAAAACUUGACCCCAGGUACACGGCAGAGCUCGUGGAAGUGCUGAGAACCAAUUACAGCGUCCCAGCUGCCUGCUUCUCGUACCCUCCGACGGCAGCCCAGCUCCUGCAAGCCCUGGGCCCUGUGGAAAUAGCCCUCACGGUCAUCAUGACCCUCCUGGCCCUGGGCUCGGUGGGCCUCUUCCUGGAGGAUGCCAUCUACCUGCACAGGAACACUGGCUGUCCCAUCAAGCGCAGGACCCUGCUGUGGAGCAGCUCUGCACCCACGGUGGUGUCGGUGCUGUGCUGCUUCGGCCUCUGGAUCCCUCGCUCGCUCACGCUCGUGGAAAUGGCCAUCGUCGCGUUUUACGCACUGUGCUUUUACCUGCUCAUGCUGGUCAUGGUGGAGGGCUUCGGCGGAAAGGAGGUAGUGCUGAGGACGCUGAAGGACACCCCGAUGAGGAUCCACACGGGGCCCUGCUGCUGCUGCUGCCCCUGCUGCCCCCAUCUGCAGCUCACCAGGAGGAAGCUGCAGCUGCUGAUGCUGGGCCCUUUCCAGUACGCCUUCUUCAGGAUCUCACUGGCCCUGGUCGGACUCUUUCUCAUCCCCGACGGCAUCUACGACCCAGCAGAUAUCUCCGAGAAGAGCACCGCGCUCUGGAUCAACACUGUGAUGGGCGUGUCCACCUUGCUGGCUCUCUGGGCCCUGGGCAUCCUCUUCCGUCAGGCCAAGCUGCACCUGGGCGAGCAGAACAUGGGCGCCAAAUUCGCGCUGUUCCAGUUUUCAGGGCCGCCAUAACAAAAAUAGCACAAGCCAGGUGACUGGGAACCACGGGUUCUGGAGGCCGGAAGUCCAAAAGCAAGGUGUGCACAGGGCCACGCCCCUCCGAAGCCCGAGGAGAAUCCUGCCUUGCUCUGCUCCCUCCUGGAGGCCGCCAGCCUUGGAAUCCCCUGGCGGCUGCUCUCCAUGCCGUCCCUGCCUCCGUGGUCACAUCCUCUACUUCUGUGACAGCGUCCUGCUGGGUGAAGGGCCACCCCAUGCAUCAUGGGCUCACCUCGACUAAUUAUAUCAGCAGUGAUUCUAAAGUAACUGUUUCUAAAUAAGGACAUCCUGAGGUGCCCGGGGACAGAACUCAGUAUCUUUUUGGGGGGAUACAAUUCAACCCGUAACACAUACAUGAACAGACCUUCUUACAUUUUUCUACCUAUUACUGCAGAAAGCCCUGUAAUUCAUUACCACUGCCAACACUGACGCUCUUUAACCACAGCUAUUAACUACCUACACCAGGCACUUUGUAUAUGUUCUUGUAAAUGACCACAACAAUCGUAGGAGUCAUCAUUAUCCCUAUUUCGGGCAGAGAAACCGAGACCCAGAGACACGCUGAGGAUUGCCCUCAGGCGGAGGAGGGACGGAACUAGAACUUAAACAGCUCCAGCGCCAAGCCCCCUUUCUCCUUCUCCUUGCACUGCCUCAUCACUUUUGCAGCUCUCAGGAAAAGUCUGCCAAAGGCACACUUGUCUACCUCCUAGGCUUUACACUCUUAAAUGCUAAGGUGACUUUUCCGCCAAGCGCAGUGCCGUGACCCACCCUGGCGACCCUCCUCUCUUCCUUCAC